GGGGUCACAAAAUGCAAAAGUCAGGAAGACCGCUGGUCCUGCUCCUACUAUCAACUGUAUUAUCCAGCAGGGAAAUGUGGUGCAUGACAGGGGACUUCUGUAGCUGGAAAGGAAGUGGUCUCAGUUGGGACUCUGGCUCUCGAGCUGUGGAACAAGUUCACCUGCGGUGUACAGAGGGUUCGUUGGAAUGGAUGUACCCAGUACAAGCUUUAAGAGUUAUUCUUGAACCCACCCUCAUCAAUAGCAAACAUACCACUAUCUGCAUUAAGCCUCACUCACAAUUUCAAGGAGCUAACCUCUAUGUGGAGAGGAGAAGAGAACUACACCUUCUAGUUAGUGAAGUAGAUGGAGUAAAGAAGGUACAUUGCUUUGGCAUGGACAAUUCUCAGAGAUUAGCUCUGUUCUUACAAGCCAGUCCACAUAGCGAUCUUAGCAGGAGGACAGCUGGGUUUCAGUACGAGCUCCUCAACAACCAAACUUCAGGACUUGUAUUUCAGAAGCUUGCACUAGUGGAAGAUGCUUGUCGACCUUGUGAUGAUGAAGACCUUCUCAUGGCUGUUUGCACAAGUGACUUUGUGGUGAGAGGCUCGAUUCUACGCAUUACCCAUGACAUGGAGACACAGAUUUCUCGAGUCGAUAUCAAUGCUCUAAGAGUUCACAGACAAAGAAACAGUAUUUUUCAACCAGAUGACCUCACUGGUACGUGGAAUGGACCCAUCAGUACGUUAUUGCAGUGCAGAGUGAAGAAAGGUGAUGGUGAAUUUCUUUUCACAGGCAGUGAACAUUUUGGGGACGCCUGGCUGGGAUGUGCCCCUCGAUAUAAGGACUUUCUAGAGAUUUACCAAAAAGCCAAAAGGUUGAGAAGUAAUCCUUGUGAUUUCCAGAUAUAAACUUUGUUUUUAUGGAAUAUUUAAUUCUUCUUAAUUGCUUUUGAAACUUGAAUUGAAUAUUUGCAUUUUCCGAGUGAUGUGUUGAAAUUUAAUGUGUAGAUACAUUUACUGUAUUGCUUCUAUGGAUCAUAAUGAUAUACCACAUUUAUACUUGAAUGUCUAGCAUUGUUUGUAAUAGUACAGGUAAGUGUUCAUGCACAGGAUAAAGCCGCUAUUACCUUGGCACACAGAGUCCUCGGGGCUCAUAAAAUAGAGCCAAAUGAUGCUCUCUAUGCAAACACAUUUUCGAAAUAUUAUACAUUUUACAUUCAAUGGAAGUUGCUACAGUUUUCAUAUAUGAAAUGGGAGGCACAGAGAGGUGUAAUAAGGACCCAUACACUUCUAUGAGCACUGUAGUAUGUCUUUAUACAACUUAGAGGUUGAGUGGAGCCUUAAAACAAAUAAGGCCUGUUUCACAUCUGCGUUAAAACAGAUCCGACAGGCUGUUCUGAGGUUCUGUCUGGCCCCAUUCACUAUAAUGGGGACCGGCCGGGGAGCAGCUGGACAAGAACUGCUGAGCACAGCAGUAUUUGUCAGGCCGCUCCUCAGCAUAUUUGCCAGGAUGCAGACAGAUUUCUGCCAGUCCCCAUUAUAGUGAAUGGGGCCGGAUGGAACUUUGGCAGCGCAUUUUAGGGACUGGUUUUUACAGAUCUAUUUUAACGCAGACCUGUAACAAGCCUAAGUUAUAACAUUUAACACAGCCAGAUUUUCUGAAGGAUCCAUGUACUUAAUGGGUAUGAGAAGGUGCAUGGUGUAUAGUACCGAGUAUGAUAAAACCGACUUUUUGAAAAACAUUUUUUUAUUACAUGAAGUUUGCAAUAGUUUUGUUGCAUGUGUGAUGGUUACACUGUGACUGGGUACAUAAUCAUAUUUAAUUCUUGGAAUCUUGAUUAAUGAAUGACUAUGAAUAAUUACUAUAAUUGCACUGAAAAAGGAUACAUAGUAAAUGUUACAUGUAGUACUUUUUUCCGUCUUUACUUCGCAUCAAACAAAAAGAUCAACUUAAAGUGGUUGCCUCACUGCAAAUUCUUAUCCCCAAUCCACAGGAUUUGGGAUAAGUUUCUGAGUGGCAAAGGUCAGACUGGGGCUCCUGUGGAUCACUAUACCGAGGGCCCUGAGCUUGUAUGGAGUGGUAGCCAUACAUACUCGCUGCAUCUCCAUUCAACCCUGAGCAACUGCUUGUACUCCGCUAUCUCCAGGACACCUUAUGUUGCCAACCGCAUUUGCACUCAAAAGUUUAAAAGUGACAGUGAGAUAGCAGGUAAUAUGCUUGCCUAGGCAACCUUAUGAUGCCAAAUGACUUCCCUGAGAGGCCUCUGGCAGCAUUCAGAUGUCUAUGUAACCAGACUACUGCUUGCUCCCAUGGCCAUGCUUCCCUCAUCAUUUUUCAAUUUCUGUUGGGAGAUGUGAUCAGCAACUUUAAAUCUCCCAAUGCCCUUUUGCUGAGAUUUGUCCAUUUCCCUUUUUAAAUUAAAAGAUGCUUUUUAGGUACUAUUCACUAAUAUCAAAUCUUCUCUGCCCUGUACAUCCACUCACAGACCAAAAUCUUUAUGACCUUGUUCACCAGGGCAUUUUUAUGAAGCUUUUAAGACAACACAGGGAGUGUAUCCUAAAGAGAAAAAAGUUAUAAUUCCCUUUUUGGACUGGAGGCCAUGUGGACCUAGUUUUGGCUAAAGACAAAAACAUAACAAAACAGGGUCCAGCCUAAGAGAAAUUCAUACAGAGAAUGACAGUAGAGCAGCAGACACAACAGGCUGUCCUACUACAGAUUUCCUUUGCAUACUUAAUACACAGAGUGAACUAAAGUUGAACAGAUAUUUAAGGAUAAUUUCUAGUAGUAAAACAAGGUAUCCAGUGUGAGCAGUGUAUACAUCUUAAAGUUAUAUGAACGUUUUUGAGAACCUACGCAGUGACACAAAUCUGUUAAGUCUGGAAGAACUUUAUAAAACAAUACCAUGUCUUGGCUUCUUAAUAGUUAGGGAUAUUAUAUUGAUGGUAGACAGCAGAGUGUAACAGGGCCAUCCGGUCUUUGUUGGAGUUCGUAUUA